AUGAAGCUGUCGCACCGCCUUGCCCUCACCUCUUCGGAGCCGCUGUUCCGGGGCGUGUUCCCGCCCAUCACCACUCCGUUCGUGGAGGGCACCGAGGACGUCGACCACGCCGCUCUGGCGCACAACGUGCAGCGCUACGCUCGCAAGGAGAACGGACUCUCGGGCUUGGUGGUGCUGGGCUCGAACGGCGAGUUCCCGUUCCUCACCUCCGCCGAACGGAUCGAAGUGCUCCGCACGGCCAAGCUGGAAGCCGCCAAAGCGGAGCAGGAAACCGGGCACAAGCUGCGUCUGAUCGCUGGCACCGGCUGUGUGAGCACCAGGGAGACCAUUGAGCUCACCAACGCCGCCAAGGACCUCGGCUACGAUGCAGUCAUGCUCGUGACGCCGUACUACUACACCAACACGAUGCAGAACAACCUCCAGCAUCACUACACCGAGGUGGCGAAGAACGUGGGCGGCAUGCCGAUCAUCCUGUACAACGUCCCGCCGAUGGCCGGCGGCGUGGCCUUCACCGUGCCCCUCAUCCGCGACCUGGCCGAGAUCCCCAACAUCGUCGGCAUCAAGGACACCUCCGGCAACAUCGUGCAGCUCACCGAAAUCGUUCAGAAAGUCAAGCUCCCGCUCGCGAGCAAGGGCAAGUCGUUUUCGGUGCUGGCUGGGUCGGGCAGCUACUUCUUCCCCGCGCUCACCGUCGGAGCCGACGGCGGCGUGAUGGCGCUGGCCAACAUCAUCCCACACGUGCUGAGCCAGCUCUACAAGGACUUCCACGCGGCCGAGGCCCAGCCCCACCUCCUGCACCAGUGCCAGAAGGUGCAGCACGCCGUCGUCGAGCUCAACCAGAAGAUCACCGCCGAGUUUGGCACACCCGGAAUGAAGCGUGCGCUGGACCUGUCGAACGUGUACCGCGGCGGAGUGCCGCGCAGACCGCUGCGCUCGCUGUCCGACGAGAGGGCGCAGGUGCUCGUCUCCGUACUCGAGCGCACCGGCAAGGACCUUGGCCACCUCGGCUUGAAGCUGUAG